AGAUCCAGUGAUCUUGUGGAGAGUAGCGGGGAAUUAUAUAUAUAUAUAACCGCUGUGGUGUAGGCCGAGGCUGCAAGACUUUGGCCUGGUAAACGUACUUGAAAGUUGCGGAGGUCCUACCUCAUUCAGAGUCAGCAACCCAAGAGAGCGAUCAAUGGCCGUAGCUCCCUUAUUUGGGCAGGGGCGGGCCGUUUUGGAUUGGUCCAAAACAACUUCCACUCACCGUUACACGGCAUUAUGGGUGAACAUGUGACUUAAGAACCACCUAAGGUCCUUCAACAUACCAUAGAGUUCUGAACCAAGUCACAUGACCCGCAGGUCCUGCGACGCUAAACAAAUCUGUGGUUUGCAGCUGACGCCAAAGUAUAUGUGAUUUAGAAGCAGAUCGUUUUUCUCAGGAAAUGCACUUCAACCAGAUAAAUAAAUAUUGAUUUAAUGGCUCUCUUGAAGAUGCACUGGACACCAGAGCAUGCCCAGCCCCUGAAUCAGUGGCCAGAGCAGCACCUUGAUGUCUCCUCAACUACUUCAUCUCCAGCACAUAAAUCUGAUGUGUAUCAAAGUAGUCGACAAAGGCUGAAUUAUGCCUGGGCAAAUGAUGACAUAUCUGCACUGACCGCUUCUAACCUCCUAAAGAGAUAUGCCGAAAAGUACUCUGGGGUGUUAGAUUCACCAUAUGAGAGAGCACCACUAAGUACCUACACAGAUGGAGCAUUUGGACCUGUUAAUGGACAGAAGGGUGACCUUGAGUCUUGGCAAAUGUCACAUGGGUCUGAUAGUUCCUAUACAGUAAACUCUAUACAUGAUAGUUUGGCUGGCUCCAAAUCCGGCAAUGGACAUAUUGGCUUAGGUAGUCCAACAGUUGCACCAGGCAACUUGCCUGAUCCUCUUUAUCCUGGUAGUACAUGUGGAGCAGCCAAUUCUGCGAGUGGUCUUGGUACACCUCAGGAUUAUACCUCAUCUUAUAGUGGCACAUACCUUCCAUCUGGAUAUUGUAGUCAACCCACUGCAGCACUUCCAGCAAGCCACCCAUCAUCUCUCCACAGCUCAGGACUUCAGCCAACACAUGCAUCACCGGCUUUAGUUCAUGGAUACAGUUCAUCUGGCACAAUAUACAACUAUAGCUCAAGCAGCUAUCCAACCCAACCUGGAUAUGGAGGGAUGCAUCCAGCACAUCCCUCUGGUUAUCUGCCUUCAGGUAUUGCUGCCCCCACACCACUUCCACCUCAUACAGCAUCAUCAAGACCUACUGUGGUCCCUGGUUACACCUACCAAAGUUCUAACCUUGCGCCAAUCUCAGUCACCCCUUUGAGCACAGAGUCAAGCAGCUCCUUAAAACGGAAAGCUUUUGAUAUGACAGCAGAGGAAACUGAGGGAAAAUAUAGAAAAUACAGCUAUGAACAACCAAAGACUACCUCAGAUUCAUCAUUUCCGAUGUCUGACAAUGUACCAAAUGAAUGCAGAGGCAAUGGCUUCAAUCGCAAUGGGGAAACCCCUCAGAUGCUCUUUAAACCUAGUAAGAAUCCAGCAGAAGAAGAACAAAUAGGAAAGUACAGCAGCCAGUCGAUGAAGGCAAUGAUUUCACCUACAUACAAUGAAGAGGUCCCUUUAAGAUCUGGUGAGGCAUUUGGUAAGUUUACGCCACCCGUAAUUAAUGGUGAACGGAGGGGGAAUGAACAAGGACAUGUCUUUACACAGAGAAUGCAGAUUUCAGGGAUUAAACCACCAGGAUUUUGUAACCCGUCAGAUGAUCAGUUAAAAAAUGUGGAUCCUCUUAUUUUAGAACUUGUCAAUGAUGAAAUUGUGGACUGUGGGCCACCAGUGCAGUGGACUGAUAUAGCUGGCCAUGUAUCCAUAAAGGCUGCAAUUGAAGAAGAAUUAAUGUGGCCUAUUUUAAGACCUGGUGCAUACACUGGAGCCAACAGACCUCCAAAAAGUAUUUUACUGUUCGGCCCUUCAGGUUCAGGAAAAAGCCUUUUGAGCAGGUGCAUUGCCACCCAGUUGGGGUCAACAUUUCUGAAAAUUAACAGCGCUGUGCUGGUCUCUAAAUGGAAGAACAAGAGUGAAAAAGUCUUGCAGACUGUGUUUUACAUGGCAAGCUGUCAUCAGCCUUCUGUGGUUUUUAUUAGUGAAAUUGAUCUGCUACUCUCUGCCCAUAUCAGUGAGGAAAAUGCUCACCUUCGUAAUCUGAAGUCCCAGUUGCUGUCCUUUUUGGAUAGCAUAGCUACCUCAACUGAUGAUAGCAUUAUCUUUAUUGGAACUUCGCAGAGGCCGAACGAUAUUGAUGAAGCUGCUCACCAUAGGUUUGCCAAGCGGUUUUACAUAGCUCCCCCUGAUAAUCUAGCGAGAAGGCAAAUCCUACACCACACUUUGGCUCAACAAAACUACUGCCUUAGUGAAAGGGAAAUGGCCCUUCUUGUUCAGCACACAGAGGGCUACUCUGGCAAUGAGCUAAUUCAACUUUGCCAGCAGGCCGGAGCCAAUCAUCUUCAUGGUAUUUCAGGUCAACUUCAACCCACAUCUUACAAAGACUUUGAGGGGGCGUUCUGUAAACUGCGAGCUGGCACUUCCCAAAAGCAAUUAGACUUAUUUGUGGAAUGGAAUAAAAUGUACGGCUCGAGACAUUAACUGUGGAAGGAAAUCAGUUUAAUACUUUGGCAUAACACUGGCAUUGUUUUUUUUUUUUUUUUUCUUAGGGUGCGUGUGUUAAGUCCUUAACAUGAGUGAAGACCUCGAAGAAGUAUUUCUUUGCUGUAAACUUAAUUGUGACAAUUUGAUAGCAUCCUUUUUUACAUGGGCGUGUGUAUAUUCUACACAUUGACAUAUUUGUAUAGAAAUGUUCAUAACAUUGAAUGUUUUUGAGGAAAACAAAAUUCACAUUUUUUGUUAUUGUUUUCACGUACGGAAACCUGUAAGAAAAAAAAAAGUAGCUCUUCACUGUACUCAGGAUAUCUUCUAUUUAUUGCCAAAUGAUGGCAGUGCCACUGUAGUUUGGUGAUUCAGAUGUUCUGCAAGUAUAACAUGAUCUCAAGGACUUGUUUCCACUGGUUCAUCAAAGCCAGUCUGUUCACAUGUUAAUGUUUUUAUCAGCAGAAAAUAAGAACCCCUUCAUGGCACUUUGGGGAGCCAAGUUCACACUUGUAGAUUAGGUGACCAGGAACAACAAUCAGUUGCGUUGUACAAGGCUCAAGAACCAACAACUAAGAAGGGAUGGAAAGAAAAGUACAGAACACUGCUAGCUAAGUAUAGGAACCAUUUUUGUAUUUUUUUUUUACUUGUUUUUAUGUUCUUCAUGUUUAUUUUGAAAUACUCAGGAAAAGUUUACUUCCAAAAAGAAUGUUUAUAGGACUCAUUUUCAAGAUCAUUUGAAUUAGAGACCAUAAAAGUACUUGAAGUUAUUACCAGGAUUGAAUGUAUUGCCAGUUCUUUCACUCCAGUUAUCAGGAACAAAAUGUCCUACAAAUGUUAUGACCCGGUUCUAAUGUUUUUUUCCUUAAUUAUUAUUAUUUCAUUGUUACUGUAGUGUUUAUGGAGUAAUGUGAUUUCAAAAUGUGUCAGUAGCACGGUAGAUUGGAACACAUUGUCAGUACCACUUUUUGGAUAAUGUUUGCUGUGUUUUGAAAGGUUUAUGUCUAAGUUUCACAUACAUCUUUCUGUUUUGAGAAUGUUUACAAUUUUGAUAUAGCUUAAUUUGGUAACUAAAAGAGAAAUGCAUAGUAUACCCCAACAUAAUUCUAUCCAUAUGAAAGAAAUAAGACCUUUUGAAAAAGUUGGUUAGGUUUUUGGGAGCCUAUUGAAUGUUUACCAAUAAAAAGGCUUUAAAAAGGAGCUGCCCAACGUACAGACCAUGUAUUAAUUGGCAUUCAUGAAAAGAAAAAUGGAGUUAAUAAAAAAAAAAAAAAAAAAAGUUUGCCCAAAUAUUAUUUCCUUUUGUUCACAGCUCAAGUGAAAUAUAAAAAGAGCAAGUGUUUACACAGGCCAUGUAUACUUUCCUACAGGUCAAUUGCGACCAUGGUAUGAAGUAUUUAAGAUUCAGAUAAAUCACAGUAUAUCAAGUGUGUCAUCUACAACACUAUUGAUACAUGACCACGAUUACAUGAAGGUGAUAGGUGAUAUGGGCCCCAGAUUCAUUACAAGUAAAUAAUUUUAUUGGUCUAUGUAUAUGGGGCACCCACAAUAGCCACACUGCCCUCCCGGUGAUAAACAUGAACAUAAACAUAUCUUGUCUAGAUUAUGCACAAAAUACAGGUUAGAUACUUUAAUUUAUUUAUAACAUGUUAUAAUUCAUUAGUUUACUUGAUGAAAAUAUUUAAAAGCAUCAUUUUGUAAAAUGACCAAAGAACUCGUAGUUUUUAAGUAAAGAUGAAUGUAAAAUACCAAAGUGUUUAGGGAUAGAGAUUAUUGUUCUUUACACUGAAUGCCAAAUCGCAGUACUGUCCACCCACAUCUCCCAUAGGCAGUGUUCAUACAGAUUGUUUACUGAUCACUGGUGGUCUUGUUUGUCUCUUUAUGUAUGCCUCUUUUUCAUAUGAAAAUAUGUUCUCGUUAAACCAAAGUUUGUUAGUGAAUAAUAUUUUGAAAUAUUGUAAUAGAAAGUUCUAUUAGUUUUAUAGUACAUAUUUAAUCGGUUGCCUCCCGCCUUCUCUGUAACUCAGUCCGGAGUCAAAAAUUAUUAAAAUUAUACUUUGUUUUCAUUUUGAUUUAAACCAAAGAUGCUGAGAAUUUCAUUUUGUACAGUUCAACUAUGAUGGGUUGCGAUGUAAUAUACUGUAUGUAUAAUAUUCAGACUAAUGUGGUUAAAAUGUUGCAAUGUAUGCUGUUCAUUAACGGAAUGUUCUGGCAUAUUAAAGGACUGAGCACAGCUCUUGAGGAUCAAAUGUUUUAUGUUAGUAAGCCUAUGGCUGGCCCCAUUGUAAUGUGUAGUAUGUAUCUAGUAUACCAGUUGUUUGUUAGCUGGUCCUUUUAAAAGUAGUCUUGUGAUAUUUACAUAUAUCAUCAUGACUGGAUCUCAAUAAUAUUGUGUAACGUCAUUCUUAAAAAUGUCAAUGCUGUUUUUUUUGUAUGAAAAGCCUUGUCCAUGCCGGUAUUCAAGAUAAUGUACAUAUUAGGAUGGAAACCAUACAGAUCACAAAUCUUUAUUUGUCCUACUAAAUCCUACUGUAUUAUUUGCCAAGUGAAGUCGUUUUUAACUUAUGGUGGCCAUAUGGAUAUCAUUUCUCUGGCAUGUCCUGUCUCCUGUUUGCGUCUUCUCAAGGUCAGCUUCAUGAUUUCUAUCUCACCAUCCAUCUUGUUGCUAGUUGUCCUCUCUCUUCUUUCUUCCUUCAAUCAUUAUUUUCUUUUCCAUUAAGCUAGCUCUAUAAAGAAUCUGCAUCUGGUCAUAUUCAAACAUACAUAUGUAAUAACCAAUUGUCUACAUGUCCCUAUAUGUACAACUAUGACUUUUCAAGGGGGAGAUGUAUCCAAAAUGAUGGCCUUAGAUAAACUUACUGCUUGUUUAAAGGGGUACUCCGCUGCCCUG